AUGUCAGAUGUGUUUUCCAUAUUUAAAAAAAAACGAAUAAAAAAAGCAAAACUGUGCAAAGCAUCCGUAAAAAAAAACAAGGGGAGAAUUUUCAUGAGUGACAAGUCCCGUCGGAAGGCGUACGAGACGAGCAGAGCGGUUAGCAGCAACCACAGCGGAUUUCUCCACAAGCACAGUAGUGAGUAUCAGAAGGCGCCAGGAGGGGUUGGAGUUGCGGGCGGAGCAGGAGCAAGCAAUAACAGCGGAAGCUUCGCGGGAGUCAUCCAAGAACCCCCAUUCAGUAAACUAGCGGCAAUCGAAUUGUUAAACAACGAAUCGAAUGUAGUUCUGGAGAAUUUUCCAAAACUGCCAAUAAAAAAUAUUGAGUCAUGUGAAGAAGUGUAUAAUAUUUUCUACAUAAGGGAUCAAUAUCUUAUUGGAAAUAAAAAUAUACAAAUAAAUAACGACCAUUUGAUUCUACUAGAAACGACAUUAGAUAAGUUAGAUGCAGCGAUCUCGGAGCUAGACACAGAAGAAAGUUAUUGCACCAAAAAAAUAUUAACAAGUGUAUACGAAAAGGUUAUUAAUUUAUAUAGGAGUUUUAAGAGUAUGAAGAAUUUCCCUCCCCAAUUAUCCAAUGCAUAUAAUUGCUUUAAGAGUAAUGUCAUUUUUGUGAAGGGAAAGCAAUUUAAAAAAAACUACGUAUUUGAUAAUUUGAUCAAUAUAUAUACCUAUCUACAGAAUAGCGAACUUCAACAGGAUAAUAUCGAAACGAUUAACCAAGCGAUCUAUAUUAAUGACAAAAAUGUCACCGCUCCAUCCUUCAUCAACAGAAGCAUUCUAACAUCUAAUGAGCAUGUGGAAGAACAUAUAGAAUACCUUCCUAUGAAAUUUAAUCCUCACUUUGUAGAGCUGAAUAAAAUUUCGAUUUAUUACCUUUUUGAGGAAUCAAUUAAUCACAUCAUAUGGCAGAAGGCCCUGGACGAAUUAGUAGUCGUUAAAGCUUUGGCGGAUAUUCCCUACUUGGACUUAUCAGAGGUGGAAGGGUUCGACUUCAAAAAGAUGAAGUCGGGACAAAGGCAAUGGUAUCCUGUGUAUAUUGCUAAAGAAUUAAGUCAGGAAGGACUUGCUACGGUAGAGUUCCCCUUUUGGUUUUACAUCGAUAAUUUAAAGAAUAUUUACAAGAAGGAGUUUGAAGACAUGCACGAGUUGACGGACCUACCCAGUCCCUUCUUCUUCGAGAUUUCUUCCAUGUUUCUCGAAAACAACGCGUUUAAGAACUCCACGCCGAUCGAGACCAUAGGCCAGCGCACCCCCUACAAGUACAUCCUCAAAGUGGCAGGUCUCAUCCAGGAUAUACGACAGAAGCGCAUUCACAAAAUUAUGAACAAAUUUAAGAACUGCGAUGUCUUGUCCGAAAUUAUGAUCAUAAAUAAUAUCCAGAUCUACGAAACUUAUUGUGUGAAUUAUUUGGCUUCCGUUUUUUUCCAGAGCAAGGGGUCAAGGAAUUCUGUGUCGGAUAACUUUGACGUACGUAACUAUCUUUUCGACCCCUUUGUUUUUAGUGCCUGA